UCGAACGAAAAGAUCAUAAGACAGCUUGAGAAAACACUCUGAAACACGUGAAAACGACCCCGUUUCGACAAAUUUCUCUGGUAGAAUAGAGAAGUUGGGAAGCUUCUCACAGACGAAGCGGCGAGUGGGUUAAGAGUUUAAAACUCGAACAACCGAAACUGGAAAAAGCUCUUACCAACUUCGAGUAUUCUCUCGUGCAAUAGAAAAUGGCGGAAAAGCCACAACCGCUUCACGUAGUUUACUGUGGAGUAUGCGGGUUACCCCCAGAGUACUGCGAAUUCGGACCGGAUUUUGAGAAAUGCAAACCCUGGUUGAUCCAAAACGCUCCCGAUCUCUAUCCUGAUCUCCUCAAAGAGGCGGAGGCGAAGGCGAAGGAAGCUGAUAAAAUCUCGGGUCAACUUCAGUCCACCUCAAUUUCUGAUGGUUCUUCUGCCUCCAAGCCUGAGGAAGUUAAACGUCUUCCGGGUGGAAAAGUCAAAAAGAAAGAGAAGCAGGAAAUUAUAAUUGAAAAGGUGACACGUAACAAAAGAAAGUGCAUCACCACAGUGAAGGGCCUGGAGCUUUUUGGUGUUAAACUAAGUGAUGCUUCAAAGAAGCUUGGUAAAAAGUUUGCUACUGGUGCUUCUGUAGUUAAGGGCCCAACUGAGAAAGAGCAGAUUGAUGUUCAAGGAGACAUAGCCUAUGAUAUCGUGGACUUUAUUACAGAGACCUGGCCUGAUGUUCCAGAAGCUGCAAUUUACUUCAUCGAGGACGGGAAGAAGGUUCCAGCUGUUUGAACUUUGAUCUGUGCAGUUCCUCUGCAGGAUAUCUCGUGGCAAGGAAAUGAAUACUCUAAGUCAAAAGGCUUCUCAAGUUAAGAGUUGGUCGUGACGGUGGAGAAUAUGCUCCCAUAUUUUCGUGGUAUUUUGGUUGAAAAAUGUAACGUUAUGCAUUUGGAUUAAGAGCAUGGCUGUAAGAAGUUCCGUAAUUGUAAAGUCGCUAGUUGCUGCAAUGCUUUCUUGCUUCUUUAUCUAAAUAUGAUGCCUGAAAUGGAAAAUUUUGCCCAUGCUAGUUGAUUUGCGUAUUA